GUUGACAUGGUCUGGCCGAUCUCUAGAAAGUGCCAAUUUCAAGAAAUGUAUUGUCUAAUGUUUCUAAAGGUACCAAAUGGCAACAGCAAAAUUAUUUAGGUUUUCCCCAAAAUGGCAGCAACCCGACGACUACAGAAAGAAUUACAAGAUAUACGAAAGACUGGCAUAAAAUGUUUUCGUGAUGUGCAGGUUGAUGAAUCAAAUAUUCUUACAUGGCAAGGGUUAAUUGUACCAGAUUCUGCACCUUAUAAUAAAGGAGCAUUUCGUAUUGAAAUAAAUUUUCCUGCAGAAUAUCCAUUCAAGCCCCCUAAAAUUACUUUCAAGACUAAGAUAUAUCACCCAAAUAUUGAUGAAAAAGGUCAAGUCUGUUUAGAAAUAAUAAGUACAGAAAAUUGGAAGCCUGCUACAAAAACAGAUCAAGUUAUUCAAGCUUUGGUGGCACUAGUGAAUGACCCAGAACCUGCUCAUCCUCUUCGAGCUGAUUUAGCUGAAGAAUACACCAAAGACAAGAAAAAAUUUUUUAGAAAUGCUGAAGAUUUUACUAAGAAAUUUUCUGAAAAACGUCCUUCUGAGUAAAAUGUGGUUUGCAAUACAUCAUGAAACCCACCUGUUGUUGCAUUAAUUGCAUAGGCUCUUAAAAUUAAUAUUAAAAUCUUGUUGUAUUGAUGUAAUAUGCAUAUAAUAUCUUUUUCAGAUAUUUGAUAUGAUAACUAACUGCUCUUGUGAAAAGUUCUUGAUUCAUUAAUCAUUAUAUAUUUUAUGAACAUUUUAUAUGAUUAUAAGUGAAAUUGAGUUUUGUCUUGUAUCGACCUUUGUGCCUUUUCCUACGUUCCUAGCCAACUUUUACAUCUAAUAUGGAGAUGUUUGCGCAUGAAAGCAAUUUUAGAUAUUUCCAUGCCAAUUACGAAAAAAAUUUUGAUUAUUAUUUUUUUUCAUAAAUGAUUAUUAGUUACUAUUCUUUUAUUAUUUUUAUAUAGAAGAAACAUUACUUGAUUUUUAUAAUUGAAAUGAAUAGUUUUUAAUCAUAAUAAUUUUUUUCUACAAAACAUUGUGUAUUUGCAUAUAUUGUAUUAGUUUUACAAUGUUUUUAUGAAAUAUAAAUUUUUAAUAUUGCUUUUAUUUGACCUCUGUGCUUUUCAACUUCUUACCUUAAUUGGUCUUUUAAAAUUGUUUAUUUAUUAAAUACUUUGAAGUUAUAUUAUUUAACUUGAGUCAAAGUCAGAGUUAACUUUGAGGCUUUUUUCUUUAAAUGAAAUUAUAUGCAUGCUUCUUCAGUUGUAGUGAAAAGGCAUCUCUGGAAUGUUCCUUAAUUUCUGAUGUCUCCUGUUUAAAAGAUUUCUUGAGUUCAUAGUGUAUAUAUAUACAGUUUUAACUAAUAUCCAUCAAUUUUUUAAAUAAGUUAUUUUAUGUGGUGGUGCGUUUCCAUAUUUUAUGCAGUUUGAUUGAUUUUGGUGUUAUUUAAUGUAAGAUAUUUUUGCAAUUAAUUGAUGGAUUUAAGAAAUACAAUCUGACAGGAAUCGUAGAAAAUAAUAAUAGUUAUGCUAUUCUGAUUGUAAAGCUAAAAAAUUGUGGAAUAUAUGUUAAAAAAAAUUUCUGCAUUUUAAAUUCAUAGAAAUUAGAUAUAAUUGUCAUUGCUUUAAUUUUUUUUAUUUUCACGAAAUAGAUAUAUUUGGCUUUAUGUAAUAAGAAAUGUUAGUUCUUUUUAUAAUUAUUAUAUUAAAAAAAUUUUUGAACGAACUUUAUAAAAAUAUUAUCUUUGUUACUAUUGUUGAUUAAAAAAAUUUACUUUUAUAUCUGACAGUUGUAAUUUCAUUUGAGGCUACUUAAAUUAUUUUCUUUUAAUAAUUUGUGGUUUAAAUACAUUAUCCACUAUUGUAUGAUAUCAAAUUCAUCUGCAAUAAGGGUAACUGGAAAAUUACUAAUUUACAUCUGACGUUACAAAUUUUUCCAACCAUAACCUAUUGAAAAAGAAACCUUGCUCUUUGAGUAAAGUUACUGUUUUUGAAAAUUGUCACUUUGUGAAGAAAAAUAAAUGUGUGUAGCACUUUUUAUGUUUAAAAAAAAUAUACUUUUAAAUGGUUAUAUAUCCUCACCAGAGAGGCUCCUUUUAUUAAGAAAUCAGAAUCACAUCUAUCUCUAACUGAAGAAGUUUUUUUUUUCAGUUGUAAGCUCAAUUUGGUUUCACUUUUAAAUAAUUUGUAAACAAAAGAGAAAAGAGUACUGCUAAUUUGUUUUCAUGCCAUUUUACACUUAAAAUUUUAUUUAAAAAAAUAAAAUGUUUUGCAUGAAAUGAAGAGAAAUAUUAAUAAUAGAGUGGCAUGUUUACUUUUUUGGGGAGAAGAAAAAACCCGUCGUUUUUUAUUUUGAUGUACAAAAUAUAUUUUUUUGUUAUAAAGACUGAUUAUCUCUUGAGCAGAAAUUAUAGAAUGAACUUCAGAUCUCGUAUUUGAACAUUUAUUCAGAUGAUUCGUACUUUUUAAGAUGCAAUAUAAGCCAUUUGCUUCCUCCCUUUGUCUCUCCUUUUUUGUUUUUAUUCCGAAAUGUACAUCUCUUCAAAAUAAUAAUAAUAAUAACUAAAUUUUGAUAUUUGGUUAAUAUAAAUAAGUAAAUUAAAAAAAAAACAUGCAGUUCAGUAGAUUCUAAAGAAAAAUUUCUUGAAAUAUAACUAAUAAUCAUGGAUGCUAGUCAGAAACUUUCAAGAAUUUUUUUCAUUUAUUUUGGAGAAAGGAAAAAAUAAAAGAUAAUGUGAAGCGUUUGAAUUAGUAAUGAGUUAUAAAACAAUUUCGGUCAAUUUUUGUUAUUUGCAGAAUUUUUCUAGUUUGAUUUCUAUAAAUAAAUUAAUGAAGCAUAUUUUAAAAUGUUUUAUGUUCCUAUAUUUAUAUUUUUCUGUAAUUUUAUGUUACAAAUUUUUUGUCCAUUUACAUUUGUUUUUAGAAUUUCUAUUACAGUGUUUUUAAAAUACAAGAUGGAUACAAAUUAGCUGUGCCAAAAGAAAGAAAAAGUUUUUAUGUGUUUAACAAGAGAAUACAAAUGAAAAUACGAUAGUGAAAAUAUUAUGUUUACCUUUUUCGCAGAUGUCUAAUAUGGUUCUUCGUUUGUGUGACAGUAUCUCCAUGGUAAAAUAUAUAUAUUGCCAUUUGCUUGUGAGCAGAUUUGCAUGCAAAUAUUGUCUGUUUUUGAGACAAUUUUCUGGCAUUUUUAACAGAAAUGUCAUUGCUUAUUAACUACAUCUUACUUGGAUGUUGUCUCAAAAUACUUAGAGCUGUUUAUUUCCAAAUUUAGGAUACAGUAUUUAUAAUUUCCAAUUGAACUGGUAUCUUGCAAUUACUAUUUUCAAAUUUUCUAUUUUUAAAUUACAUGAAUAAUGUGUGCCCAUUCUGUAUGCCAUUCUUUGUAUAUAUAAAAAUUUAGCACUUGUUACAUUUCCGAUUGGAGAAUUUGUAAGUUCAAAAAUACUUAAAUCAAUUAAUCAUGUAUCAAGGACUUAGAAAUUCGAUAUCAAGAAUUUUAAGAUGACUUUCCAAUCUUUGUCUUGAAACUUCAGUGCGAAUUUCAAAAAGUAAAUAAAUGUUAGAUUUGAAAUUGCUUUAUUUUUCUAUUCUUAUCCAUUAUGGAUCAUUAUGUUUGCUUUUUUGUUGUUGUUGUUGUUGUUAUUCUUAAAAAGAUUGAAAAAAUUCUUGGAAUUUGAUAGAUAACAUGUCAAAAAGCAAUUAAACUGCUUAAAAUUAUUAUCAAGCUGUUUUUGAGUGCCACUCAAUAAUAACCAGGGCAACUGCCAACAUAAAUGAGUUUUCACAUGAAACCAAUAGAAGUGGCCAGGAAUGAAAAGUUUUAAUGAAACCAAAUGUCCUUGUUUCAUAUAUUUCUGUAAAGUUUCUAUGUCUCAUAAUACAUUUUAAAUGCUAUUUUGCUAGAGAUAUGCCAAUAUAUGGUUAAAGAAUUAAAUGCAUGGUAUUCAUGAGUGUCUUGUGUACUUCUACCUGUGCUUUUGGAGGACUAUCUAAUUUAGCCGUUAGUUGAUUGAGUAAAUAGUAGAAAAGGCAUGUGACAAAUUCCUUUUUUUGGGGGGGGGUUCUAAUUCUUCAAAUGGUACUUUUCUUAUGCAGGCUGCUUCAUAACUAGAUGCUUUAUGGCUCUAACUGUGAGUAUUGAUGUCAAAUUGCUACAUCAUAAUGCAGCUGCUAAGUAAUCUUGAUGUGUGAACAAGUGGUGCUAUCAAUCACUUCAAUUUCGUUAGAAAAAAAAAGUCUUAAUGUUCGGACUUCUUUUCAAGUAUCAAACCGGAAAAAGAUUUCUAGAUAUUUUUAAUGCAAAGAUCUUUCACUGUUUGAUGUAAUUCCAUUCCUCUGUUCUCCUUUUCUAGUCUAAAUUUAUUAAUUUUGAUUACUAAAAUUUCAUUAAAUUGCAUGUUUCAUUCUCAUUUUCACUCUGAUCUGUGACUUAAUGUCUGUGAUAGAAUGAAUUUUGAAUUUUUGUACGACUAUAAUAUAUUUCUUGAUUAUGAAAUAUUUUGAACAUGUAUUAACUUUCUGCAUUGCUGGUAAUUUUUUGAAAUUUUAAUACUUUGUUGUAAAUGAUAACUUUAUGCAUCACACUGAAUACAAUAUAUUUGUACAAAAAAGGAUAAUGUUGAUGUUGCACAUUUAUUAUCAAUUUAAAUGUUAACAAUGAACAUGAGAGUGUUUUCUUUUAAAAAAUCCAGGACAAGGUUAAAGCUUAUAAGAUUGCUUGUCCAUUCUUGCAAGGGGAAAAAAGUGAUAAUGUGUUGUGUAAUUUUAUACAAUAAAUUAUCUUGUAUAUU